AGCAGUAGUUGGAUAUUAUUCAUCAUUACAGAAAUUGCUGCAGUUUUCAUGUUGAUGACUUCACUUGAAUCCAAAUUUAACCUCAUGCGCUUCGCCUGCUGACACACUUCAGCGCUGAUGACUCAACACGUUGAUAUAUAUAAAGCGACGAAGUAUGUCGCGCUUUUAAUUGCUGUUCAGCCGUGCUGCUUAGGACCUCGAAGAUGGAAGUUAAGCACCUACCUCAUCUCAUUAUUAAUUCCACGCAAAGUCUACGCACUUUCACCAGCUCUGCAUCUCGAGUCUUGAAUAUGGCACCCAAAGUCUUCCUCAUAACGGGUUGCAGCACUGGUUUCGGCAAUGAAUACGUCAAGACCGCCCUCCAAGACGGCCAUAAAGUAGUCGCCACUGCCCGCAAGCCAUCCACACUCACCUUCGACGGUGCGAACGAUUCCAAUCUCCUAGGAAUCCCGCUUGAUGUCACCGACAGCAAAUCCAUCGACUCAGCAUUCGCCGCGGCGGUGAAGAAAUUCGGGAGCGUUGACGUGGUCGUCAACAACGCCGGGUACGGGCUGACGGGCGAGUUUGAGGCCCUGUCUGAUGCGCAGAUUCGACAGCAGAUGGAGGUGAAUUUUUUCGGGCUCAUAGCCGUGACAAGGAAGGCCAUGGAGACGAUGCGAGAUUUGAAAACCGGCGGGGUGAUUCAACAGAUCACGUCGAUCGGCGGGCAAAUAGGCAUGCCGCUGCGCAGCAUCUACCACGCGUCGAAAUGGGCGGUGGAGGGCUUCACUGAAUCGGUCAGCCAGGAAGUCAAGCCAGAAUGGGGCAUCAAGUUCACCUGCAUCGAGCCUGGUGGGUUCCGCACGGAUUGGGCGGGACGUAGCAUGGAGUUCGCAGAAACGAAGAAUCCCGCGUACGACCAUCUCCAUGGUCAUUCGGUCAUGAGUCGGCAGGAGGGGUACCAGGCCGGCGAUCCCGUCAAGGGUGUGCAAGCAUUCUAUGAAUUGGCGAUGAUGGAAAAUCCGCCACUACACUGUGUCGUUGGCACGGAUGCGUAUGCGUUGAUGAAGGCGAAGCUAGAACGGUACGCGGAGAGUGUGGAGAAGCAUAAGGAGUUGUCGAACAGUACGGACGUGGACGGCUAUAAAUCGCAGGGACUUCCUCGGCUUGCUUGGAAUGUCUAGCCUUAGAAAGGUAGCUGAGAUAGAUCGCUAUCAGGUCCAUUUAAGGACAUUGUCAGCUUAGUAACCAGCCCCUAUUCGAAGCCCUUCAGUAUGAUGUUGAAAUAUAUGAUGUUGAAAUAUGAUUUUCUUGGCUAG